GUGGCCCUGGCGGUGGCGGCCGCGGUGGCGGAGGAGGAGGGAGCGACCCGCCGCCAGUAGCAGGCGAAUUCGCCCAGCAGCAGCAGCAGCAGCCGAGAGAGCCGCGCGGCAGCACGCGCACAGGCGCAGCCACCCCGGCACACACGGAGCGCCAGCGAGAGCCAGCGUGCUUGGCGGAGCGGGGAGCAGAGCAGCAGCAGCAGCCCUGGCACCCAGCAUGGCCCGGCGGCGGCUGUGAUCUGUAUGACGUUGUUGGUAUUCUGUACACAGCCCAACUGCUGUGUAUAAUGACCGAAGGAAAAUUGCCAAAAAUCAAUCUGAUCAGUGGAGGUUCUAUUGUAAGCGCUGAGGCAGUAUGGGAUCACGUCACCAUGGCCAACCGGGAGUUGGCGUUUAAAGCAGGAGACGUUAUCAAGGUCCUGGAUGCUUCUAACAAGGACUGGUGGUGGGGACAGAUUGAUGAUGAAGAAGGAUGGUUUCCCGCCAGCUUUGUGAGGCUAUGGGUUAACCAAGAAGAUGGCGUUGAGGAAGGGACCAGUGAAGUGCAGAAUGGACACUUGGAUCCCAAUUCUGCCGACUGCCUCUGUCUCGGGAGAACCCUUCAAAACCGAGACCAGAUGAGAGCCAACGUCAUUAAUGAAAUCAUGAGCACUGAGCGCCAUUAUAUUAAACAUCUGAAGGACAUUUGUGAGGGUUACUUGAAGCAAUGUCGGAAGAGAAGAGACAUGUUCAGCGAUGAGCAGUUGAAGAUCAUAUUUGGCAACAUUGAGGACAUUUACCGGUUCCAGAUGGGCUUUGUGCGGGACUUGGAGAAGCAGUACAACAACGAGGAUCCCCAUCUCAGUGAAAUUGGGCCGUGUUUUCUGGAGCAUCAAGAUGGCUUCUGGAUCUAUUCCGAGUACUGCAACAACCACCUGGAUGCGUGCAUGGAGCUGUCGAAGCUGAUGAAAGAUGGCAGGUACCAGCACUUCUUUGAAGCCUGCCGGCUGCUGCAGCAAAUGAUUGACAUUGCCAUUGACGGGUUCCUGCUGACACCUGUGCAGAAGAUCUGCAAAUAUCCCUUGCAGCUGGCAGAACUCCUGAAGUACACUGCGCAGGACCACAGCGACUACAGGUAUGUGGCCGCAGCCCUGGCAGUCAUGAGGAAUGUAACUCAGCAGAUAAAUGAGAGGAAACGGAGACUGGAGAACAUUGACAAGAUUGCGCAGUGGCAGGCCUCCGUUCUGGACUGGGAGGGGGAGGACAUCUUGGAUCGCAGCUCUGAGCUGAUCUACACAGGAGAGAUGUCUUGGAUUUACCAGCCUUAUGGACGGAGUCAGCAGCGUGUUUUCUUUCUCUUCGAUCACCAGAUGGUACUCUGCAAAAAGGACCUGAUAAGAAGAGACAUCCUGUAUUAUAAAGGUCGCAUUGACAUGGAUCGGUAUGAGGUGUUGGAUAUUGAAGAUGGAAGGGAUGACGACUUCAAUGUCAGCAUGAAAAAUGCCUUCAAGCUUCACAACAAGGAGACGGAGGAGAUGCACUUAUUUUUUGCCAAGAAGCUGGAAGAGAAGCUGCGGUGGUUGAGAGCUUUCCGGGAGGAGAGGAAGAUGGUGCAGGAGGAUGAAAAGAUAGGCUUUGAAAUUUCUGAAAAUCAAAAACGACAGGCAGCCAUGACAGUAAGAAAAGUCAGUAAGCAGAAAGGUGUUGGCUACUCCCGCUCAGUUCCUCCAGCCUACCCACCACCCCAGGAUCCACUAAAUCAGGGACAAUACUUGGUGACCGAUGGCAUAGCCCAACCGCAGGUCUACGAAUUCACCGAGCCCAAACGCAGCCAGUCCCCAUUCUGGCAAAACUUCAGCAGGUUAACGCCAUUCAAAAAAUAAUAUAUAGAGAUGGAGAAUUUUAAAAUAAAUUUAAAAAAAAAUUAAAAAACAAAAAAAAUUAUAUUUAUAGAUGGACCUUUUUUGGAGAAGCACUGUUGCAACUUAAAACAAAACCAUUCAUAUGCAUAUAUGUACAUAUAUACAGAUAUAUGUAUAUAUAUGUGUAUAUAUAUAUACACACACACACACAUACAUAUAUGAUUUUUAUAUAUCUCAUAUAUAUAUAUAUAUAUAUAUAUAUAUAUAUAUAUAUAUAUAUAUAUAUAUAUAUAUAUUUGGAAGGACCAAAAACAUUUUUGUUGUUGUUUUUGGGAAGCAGUCUCUGCUACUAUAUCCUAGGACUCACCAAGUACUUCUGAUCAUAUAGCCUUUAUUUUGGCACCAUCGAAUCAUUUGUUACUGUUCAUUAUUUCUUUUUUUUUUUUGGUAUGUCAGAGUUUCCUCCCAGGAUGAUUUACUGUUUGUUGUGCAUUCCGCCCCUGACUUGCUUUACCUGGGGCCAUACUGGUGUAUAUUUACUUUUCUAGAUAUGAAAUCUCCUUUCCUACAUCUCAUUCCCGCAGCCCACCACGGAUGCAACCCACUGGGAACCUAUCCUGCCUGAGCCCCAUUGAGACGAAUGGGAGGUCUCAUUCACUUCAAUGGAACUUGCUCCGAUGGUGUGCUGGGAUGAUUGCACCGCAUGUGCGUUGAAUGUCCAGUAGUCGUUGCUGUUGGUUUGGUUCUGUUAUCUCACCAAAGCAAGCUGCAUUUUUAUUUCCCAACAUUCUUCUGUUCUGCGCCCAUGUUCUGUCGCGCAUUGUAAUAUGCUGCUCAGUACUUCUGUUGCUUAACAACGGUUUUGAAAGAGGGAGACGGGGCACGAGAGGCACGUGCUGCUGUGCAGGUUCCCGCCGUUGUCCCAGGAAAGUGGAGCUGCCUGGCAGAAGUGCCUUGGGGGUGCAGAGAGAGUAGGAGGGUGAGGGGGCACCCAACUCCUCCUUAGGCCAGGAUUUGCCUCGGUGUGGCUGAUGUCGUUACACUUCUUAACUUGUGCUUCCCCUCUCCUCCUCCCUGUGUGGUUUUUGAACUUAACUUUCUCUUCCUUCAUUAAGGGUGUUUCCAUUUUGGUUGUGCAUCUUAUUGCAUACACGCUUCCCUUUUGAUUCAGUUGCUUCCCCUUUUGUUUUCUCAAUGGAGAGAUUGUUUCUUGGAAUGCCCAGUUUGCAAAACUGAUGGAAGGCAAGUGGAUAAGAUAGUGUUGGCUCUCACCCCGUAGCCCAGCUUAGAGCCAAAGGGCUCUCAGACCCCAAGACAUGGCCCACGCUCCCAGCUGGAAGUCCCAUAUGUUGGGCCACAACUGACCCACGCGUAGCAUGGCUGUUUGACGUCUUUGGUUCCGGUUUCGAGAUGCAUUGGGUCUAGUGGAGAUAAAUGACAACAUAGUCGUUUGGCCUGUUCAAUUUGUUCCACUCCCUAGCUUUAGCCUUAAGUCUUUAACUACCAAGCACAGCAUUAGACAGUAAUAAUGAGCUGUUAGCUGUAGGAUUGUUGCCCCAGUAAUCAAAAGCAUUUAUCUGAAUGCUAAGGCAUUGUGGCCGGAGUUUAACCUGCCUGUAGCAGCAAUGUUGCUCGGGACAGUGGAAUGUGAGGAGACUGAUCAGCCCAGGAUCUUGGUCAUUAUGCUCACCUAACAGCCAUUCAGUAGACGGGCAUAUUGUCAAUCGGUUCGCACUCAAGUACCCAGCCUCCCUCUGCCUUCUCUCUCUCUCUCUCGCUCGCUCUCUCUCUGAAGUGACAUUUUCCAGAGCCAUCUCAUACAUCUUGCCUUGGAUUUCCCAGAUACACUCUAGUUGAAUUGCACUGAAGCACUCCAAGUUCUUCAACAUUUACAUUGCAAACAAACAAACCCCAAUGCCCUGUACUAUAUAUGCAUAAUCAACAGAGCAUGUGCAAAAAAAAGUGUAGGAAAAUCCAGAAGCCAGGGUGCAGAUCCCCCCACAAGUCUGAGUCCCCCUCAUUUUACUAACCCUCACCAAACCCAAUAACCUAUAUCUUGAAUCCCCUAAAAUGCCCAAAAAGUGGCUUCCCCCUCCCGCCGCCCAAAUGAAGUGAGAAAUUGCUUCUCAAGCUUUCUCUUGGUCUGUCCCCCCCGCCCCCGUUCAGAAGUGUGCUUGAGGUUUGAGCGAGACGUUACAGGGAGACGUCGUGUGGCUUUCUCGAUGCAGCCUCUCUCUGUCUUUUCCUCUCCUUUCCCCCAAUAAUAUCUGGUAACCCAACAUGUGUGGGAUAAUGUCAGUUCUGCACUUCAUUGGCUGCAACGGAGGACGGUGGAAGCUGCAGUCCAAUGACAAGUGGAAGGCUUAAGGUUAGCCACCCCAACUGUGAUGCAUCAUGGGACUUUGUAGGUCUUUCCACUUGACCUCAGCCAGGAUUUCAGUCCCGUGCAAACAGCAAAGGAAAGAGUCAGGAACAAAGUUUUGUAUCGCAACAAGUAUAUAUUUUUUAAACUCUUUUUCUACAGCUGCAUUUUUACACGUCUCAGAGCAGAUUCUAAUAUAAACUCUCUUGUGUAUUAGAUUGGGUAGCUUAGCCUGGCAGAUGCUUAAGACGGAAUUGUGUUGCCCUGCACAGGUUUGUGGCAAUGGAGAUUGAAAAACCUACCAUUUAGGAAUGCCUGGAGAGAAACUGUGAGAGAGAGAGAGAGAGAGAGAGAGAGAGAGAGAGUGGAGGGCAGGAAAUUAGGGACAAUUUGUCAACAUAAUGAAAGUUUUACCUUUUAAUUGCUGAAUGGGGGGGGCAGGUAACAAGCACAUUAGUUAAGCCUGUUCAUUUGCUGUUUUGUGCCUCAGAGAGCGAAAGUGAAACAUCCAUUAUUUUUAUGAGAAGAUGCUUCCUAAAUAUUCAGCACUAGGAAACAAAAACAAACAAACAAACAAAAGAAACCAACAUCGUCACACCAUUAUAUGCAUCAUAAGUCAAGACUCGCCUUGGUCCGAUACGGCCACUUGUUGGACUCGCAGCUUCUUUCUUAAAGUGGAAAAUAAACCCAGAGUGGGGAAGAGUCCUGCCGACCGAGUGCCAAAGCCAGCCAUCGGGCAGAGCGGAUGCUGGCAGGGGAUCCCGCCCGAGGGAGUGCCUUUGCCCUGGCCACUGGCAUGCCGAACACUCCUCAUUUCCAGCCAUGGCCCCGGUGCUCCGAGGAAGGAAGCCGUGCUGCCGCAAAGGACCAACAGUGGGCUGCAGUUUGACUCAUGGCCAAUGUCUUUGCUGUGGGGUUUGGUGUCGGGUGGAGUUGUUUUGUAGACUCAAAUGCUUACAUCUGAUUGGAUUUGGGGAGGGGAGUGUUGGCGGGAUAUUGAUGAUUACGCAUGUUCUAUAGACUAAACCAUUUCUGUGCCAGAAAGCAGAAGAAGCUGCUGCCAUCUCAUGUGGUGCCACAAGGUAUACAACAAGGAUGUUGUUAAGACACUUACUGUAUACAGGAUUUCUCUGGCGGAAACCAGAAGCAUAGCUCUGUUAUAUACAGGGGGAAACAAUUGACCCUCUUUCCUUAGACCACUGAUAUGUGUUCCCCCACCCACCCCGCCCACCCCUUGACUUCGCAGAUACAAAGGAUUUCUCUUUGAGAUAACUGUCUCCCUAACUUCUUUUAAAAUAAAGAAAAAGCAAAUUAAGAACCAACCUAGGUGCAUCGAACAGUUGUAAAUAGACAAUAAAUAGAAGAAAUAUAUAUAUAUUUGAAACUUGUUUCAGUUCUUGGAUGGAUGGACAUUAGCCAUCCUUUGCAACGUUAUUGAUAGUCUGCUGUGGUGCUUUGGGGUUCUGGUUCUGUUCUCUUUAUGCUCAGUCAUCUUUUCAAUGCAGCUACAUUUCAGGGAACAUGUAUAUUUAGUAGCUAUUGUAAGUUCUGCAUGGUAUCACCGAGCUUAUUUUUCCUCCAGAAGACAAGAACGAGCCUGCCAGAGCUUAAAGACACAAGAAAUAGAGAGGGACUCAUUCCAGAGGAAGAAUGGAAGCAGGAGCCGGGGGGGAGUUGGGGAGCCUAGUGUGGAACCACGUGCUGCGUUUUUUGUUUGGUGGGGGCGGGAGGGGAAGAGGCUUGAACAGCCAGAGCAAGCAAACAAGCAGAGGAUUUUGGUAAUCCAGUUCAUUCUCACUUGCCAGUUCUAUUUUUUGUUUCUAUUGGACUGUUUGACCCUGUCAAACAUAUGUCAGAGUUGUGUGUAUUUAAAAAACAAAACAAAGAAACAGUGUUUUAAAAAAAAGUGUUGUAAAGACACUGAGCCUUAUGAGAAAAUAUUUAUGGAGUUAAAUAAAAAUAAGUGAAAAGAC